UAUUCCUUUAAAGCCAACAUCACUCUCACAUUAUAGUGAUUCAGCCCGCCACUUCGUGUUUCUCACUGCACAGACAAACAUUUGAGUGUCACCCUGUAAAAUAACUAUCUGUGAUUUCGACUGACAUAUACUGAUUCACAAACCACAGAAGUACUUCAGCACCAGCGAUAUCGUUGUAGUUUGUCUUAUUUGAAACUGACCAUUACCGGAAGUUGUUAUUACGGAAAAGAUGGCGGCCACGCGAGACACGUCUAUCAUCUGUGUGUUCGAUGUCGAUGGCACUCUCACUAUGCCUCGACUUAAAAUCACUGAAGAAAUGGAUGCAUUUAUGGAGAAGCUGAAAACCAAGGUUGUUGUUGGCCUGGUGGGAGGAUCUGACUUGCCCAAGAUAACAGAACAGAUGGGCGGGUCAGCUGAUGUGAUCAAGAAGUUUGACUACCUCUUUGCUGAGAAUGGUUUAGUUGCCUUUAAGAAUGGAGAUGAGAUUGGGCAAGAGGACAUUCAAAAAGCAGUUGGAGAUGAAAAGUUACAAAAGCUCAUUAACUUCGCUCUACGAUACAUGUCCGAUCUUGUAUUGCCAUGUAAAAGAGGAACGUUUGUGGAGUUUCGCAGCAGCAUGAUCAACCUGUGCCCAGUGGGCAGGAGCUGUUCCCAGGCUGAACGCCAACAGUUUGCCGAGUUCGACAAGCAAAACAAUGUCCGGCAGAAGUUUGUUGAUGUUCUGAGGGAAGAGUUCAAGGACUCCGGCCUGGUGUUUGCCAUUGGAGGCCAGAUCAGUAUCGAUGUGUUCCCACAGGGCUGGGACAAGAGGUUCUGUCUGCAGUUCCUGGAGAAGGAUAACUUUAGAGAAAUUCACUUCUUUGGAGACAAGACAAUGAAGGGAGGUAAUGACCACGAAAUCUUCUCCGACCCCAGAACGAUCGGUCACACUGUCACAAGCCCUGAAGACACAAGGAAGCAAGUGUCAGAACUUAUAUUUAAAUGAUGUAUAGGUCAUGUGUCUGUCAUGUCUCAUGAUGUCAUGGAAGUAAUGUCAUGUGUGGAAGUCAGGUGGGUUGAAAACAAAGCUAUAGCACUGGGUUGUACAUGUCCAUGUAGGGAAUACACCCUGGGGGUUGGAGAUCUAAUGGAA